AUGUAUCACAUUAACAUACAGCAACAUGAAGCAACCCAGAAAGAAGCUGAAGAACACAAGCAACCCCUUUUGUCAUAUGAACCACCACCAACACAAACACCGGAGUUGCCUCGCAGGAAACCCAAGGCAAAACGUCGGGCGAGAAAGACUAUGAAGAAGACAUUCAAAGCAACUGAAUUACUCACAAAGCUUCUCCCCACGGGAUCUGUUCUAACCUUCCAAAUAAUGUCCCCGAUUCUCACAAACCAAGGGAAAUGCCAGAGUGCAAUAAGCACAUACAUGGCUCUCUUCCUCCUCGUCCUUUGCGGCCUUUCCUGCUUCCUCCAGUGCUUGGCCGAUAGCUUUAGGGACGCCAAGGGAAAGGUCAGGUAUGGGCUUGCGACAUUCAGUGGGUUGUGGGUGAUGGAUGGAUCCGUGAAUAAGCUGUCGUUAGCGAAAUCAAGACAAUAUAGGUUGAGGUUCCUCGAUUUUUUCCACGCUACAGUGAGUGUUGUGGUUUUUGUGGCCGUGGCGCUGUUCGACAAGAAUGUUAUGAGUUGUUUCUUUCGUGAGCCGACGGAGGAAGUGAAAGAGUUGCUUUCUACAUUGCGUUUGGGAAUUGGGUUGGUUAGCAGCUUGUUGUUCCUUGCUUUUCCAACCAAGCGCCAUGGAAUUGGCACCCCUCUCUCCCAAGAAUGA